ACUACAACAUGAACACUCUGGUAUCUUUAGUCAUUGUAGCUGUCCUGUACACCCAGAGCGUGUACUGCAACUACUACCACGGUCCCGCCGCCAAGCCUGUCGUCCUCCACAACGGCUACUUAGCAGACACCCGUGAGGUAGCAGCAGCCAAGAACGCUCAUCUCGCGGCUCUAGACAAGGAAUCUCACUACGGAGGAGACUACGGAUACGGUACCGGGCAGGAAUAUAGUGGCUCUUAUGACGGCCAUCAUGGAGACAUCAGGUACCACGGUCCCACCGCCAUCCCACACGUCCUGCAUGACGGACACAUUGCAGACACUCACGAGGUGGUCGCUGCUAAGGCUGAGCAUUUCGCCGCCGUAGCCAAGGCCAAGGCUCACAGAGGCUACGGUGACCACUACAGUGGCAGAUACGUCUCAGACUACAGCGCCGACCAUGGACAAUUCUAUCAUGUGGCACCUUACCACGGACUCCUCGCCAAGCCCGUGGUGCUCAAGUCCGGAUACCUGGCAGACACUCACGAGGUCGCUGCCGCCAGGGUACAUCAUCUGCAGGCUCUUCAUAACUCGGUGCAACAUAGGGAUUACUUUCAUGGUUUUUGAUUAAUUUGGUCCUAAUUUAUCAAAUAA